AAGGGCAACACACACACGAAAUGGCAUUCAUGAGCAAAAGCAACCGUGAGCAGUUGACGUCUUUCAACUUUGAACUGGUUCCAGCUUCUUUUGAAAAGUCACCUAAUAAAGCAGAUAGUGUGUUGUUAAAUGAAAUAUGUUUGUUAUUGGGAGCGAAACCUAAGGAAACUUUUGAAAGGACAACUACCGCUUUAUCGUGGACUUGUACUUUGUUGUGGGCAAACAUGGGACCCUUUCAAGGAAAAGGAACGAAUAAGAAAGAAGCAAGAAACGACGCCUCUGCCAAAGCCGUAGACUAUAUACUCAAGAAGGUGGCACCUUUUCAGAAGAACCGGGAUUCCUAUGAGAAUAGCAACGACUGGCUACUCGACAACUUUGCCUAUUCUACCCCACCUUCGAUAUCCAUCUUGUUUUUGAUAGAUUUGGAUAGUUGUACCCAAUUGGUCUCUAAAAUUGUGCAGUUAUGUCGUAAUCUUCAAUUACAACGGGUAUCUUGUCAAGGAUUUGCGAGUAAGUUGUACAGUAGUGCUCAUCUACCGAAAGAAAUAGUAGUAGAAAGAGCAGAUUCCACUAGUAAGAGUUCAGCAGCUUUUCUAAUAGCCUAUCGUUCUGGUAUACUUGCAGUCAAAUAUUGUCACUCCAAUUGGAAACCUCUUGUGUUGAUAUUAAGUAGAGACUUUGGUUUGAUGUCGGUUGCUCAAAUGUUGGAGGAAAACCUUUUUCGAGUUUAUUUUUGUACUGAUAUGGAUAAAGUCUUUGAAAUCAAAGAUGCUUUGAUACAAGCAAGUCAACAAUGGCAAAUGGAAAAUAAAUCUUGAACUUUUUUCUUUGGAUGGAAACUCAAGAUGUGGUUGCUAAACAUUAUGAUGAACUUGCUAGUGAAGAUAGAGCAACUAGAAAGUCAAGUAAAAUAUUAAGUCUUCGU